AUGCAUUCUCUCUCUGCAUUGAUCAUUGCAGUGCUUGCUGCCCAAACUGUUAUAACCCUUCCCUUUGGUGUGAGGGCUACACUUGUGGCGUCGUCUUCUAUUGAGUACUGCGAGCGUGGCAGCAGUGUUGAUCCUAUACCGUGCGAAAAAAAGAUGGUUGUGACGCUGACGGUGGACAGUGGACAGGCAGCUGGUGUGGAAGAAGUCGUAUUUGUGCGUGAUGCCAUGGAUAAGACCAAAGGUGCUGGUGACAACCGUGUUCAGUUUUUGCCGAUUCGUAUGACAACAAGAAAGUCUCAGGUGCAGUACCGUUACCCGGUUUUCUACGAGCGAAAUUUUAACGCCAAGCCAUACGAAGAGCAGAUCAUGACGGAUGUGUUUCAGGGAUGCUCCGACGCGUUUGAUUUGAUGGCGACAUGUGGCUUGGUCAUGGAUAGCAACGGGAAUACAAUUCCGUACAGUCAGGGGUUCUGCUGCACCUGCGGCAUCUGCCAGAUGGCGGGUCUCUGCCCCCCGGACAGCCGCGGAGUCCAGACGUGCAACUUAUUCGGCAAAUCGGGCGCAGCAUCAUGCCUCCGUUUCGGGGAUCUGUGGUACGCUGGCUACACUGUUGGCUCGGGAGCGUCAUGGUACCGUGUGUAUGUGACAGUGUCAUCUGGCGAGGAGAAUGAUACUGAACAGAACAAGACGACGCUUGAAUUGGGGCCAGAUGUGCUGGCGGACUCUUCGCCGGAGUUUGGCGCAUGGGGUCGUCUUGUCGGUGAUUUUGUGCCCCCAACCACACCACUGGAUCUGUCUGGAAAAAUGCUUUUUGUACCCACCUUCCCAAGAUGGCAUCAGCGUGUGUUGGCAGGUGCGAAGGAGUGGAUGCUGCUGGACAAGGAUCUCGUGACGGUUCAGGGCCGAGACUGCAACAAGGUGGGGGUGUCGUACGAGGCUUUUUCAAGUCAGGGUAGCAAGUGCUCCUUGCAGAAAGGGUCCUGCCUGGCCGACCAACUGGAGGACUACCGCGAACGGGACUUGGCGCAGGAGACUGCAGGAGGCAGGGGGAGGUACAUGGCACGCUUCCUUGGCGACUUUGAUUUCAGCGGUGGCAACACUUCAACAAAACCAUACGUUUCAUACUGGAUGCGGGGGUCGCUGGCAACGAUGAUAACCCUCACUAUUUCCGCGGAUCGGCUGCAGUACCUGCUGUCAGUCUCGUCGGGUAAGAUUAUCUCUACACGAGUUCUGAAGGACAAAAUUGAUGCCAGCACAAGGGAUGGUGUGGUUGAAGUAACUGUGCGGAACACUGGCACGGAGACGGCACAGUACACACUCAGCCUGGUCGACUGUACGGAGGGUAUUCACCCAAUGAUCGCGCAGACGGUGAGCAUGCGACCGAGUGAAGACGCGACACGCCGCUUUGACUUGCUCGUUCAGGACACCACGGCUGAAGGGACGAUGCAGUGCAGUGUUACCCUGCGAAACGCGAAAGGCGAUGUCGUGGAUACGAAAAUUGUGGAGUUCUUGGUGACCGCGACAGGGUGGACGAACGGCACGCAAGGCGGCAGUGCGCCCGACGGCGCCGGCAUCGCUGUUGAGAGCUCAGGGCAGUCGGCAUGCUCGCGGUGCGCGUGGUACAACCUGCUCUGCUUUCUAAGGAACAGCUGCUGGUGGCAGCCACUCGUAUUUGUGAUGAUUGCGGUAGCUGUGCUCUUAAUCGCUUACGUGGUGCGAAGCAUGCGUCUCUGCCGCGGUGGCACCUCCAAACUGCACGUUGAGGCCAGUGAGCCUGUGAUGAUGCCGCAAGUGAUUGUCCAUCAUGGGGUGUCGCCACAGAGCAGUAUAAUGCAUGCACCGCACUAA